UAAAAAACGAUAGAAAAGUUUUAAUUUUUGCAAUGUGGGGAUUGUUUUCUUUUGAUGGGGUUUUUGUUUAAUGUGAAAAGAAGUGAGAUGUUUAGAUUUUGGCACUGGUGCUUGGUUAAAGGUUGAUGGCUAUGUGUGUUUGAUAUUGUUAGCAGUGACAGACAAUGGCUGCUGUGAUUGCCAAGAUGUGCUAGGUUGAAGGUUGAUGGUUUUUUAUGUUUGAUGUUGUGCAGUGACAGACAAUGGCUGCUAUGAUUGCUAAUUCUCGGAUUAAUAGGGGUGGUGGUAAUAAAAUUAGGAGAUUUCAAGGAGCUGGUUUGAAGUUUUCAUGCCGUGAAACAAGGGAAAGAGUUAAGGAAAAUAGAUUCAACGAGGUAGUACAAUCGAAGGCGAGAAGGAAGAUUUCAUGUAAGAAGGUGGAGGUAAUUCAAUUGUCAUCAGACAGUGAUGAUGAUGAUGACUGGUCGCCCCGAAGGAGAAAGAAGGCUUUGAAUAGGAAAUUGAUAUUAGCCCCAGAAAGUGAUCUUUCAGAGAGUGAUCACCAGUGCUCGCCCUCGGAAAUAAGGAAAACUUUGUCUGAGCAAAUUAAGGCACCCCCAGAAAUUGAAUUGUCAAAAACUGAUGAUGAGCAGUUUCUGGGAGCAAGAAGGAAAGCUUCAUAUGAGAAAAUUAAGGCAGCCUCUGAAAUUGAAUCUUUGAAAAAUGAUGAUCAGUGGUGUUCAGGAACAAGAAGGAAAGCUUCAACUAAGAAAAUUAAGCCAGCAUCAGAAAUUGAAUUGUUGAGAAGUGAUGAUCAACGGCGCAUGGGAACAAGAAGGAAAGCUUCAUCCAAGAAAAUUAUGUUAGCUCCAGAUGUUGGAUUUUCGGAGAGUGGUGAUAAGUUGCCUUCAAUGAGAUUUGAAACCUCCUCUAAGAAAAUUAAGUCAGCUUCAGAAAUUGAGUUGUUGAAGAGUGAUGACGAGUGGUCACCGCGAGUGAGGAGAAAAUCUUCAUCUAAAAAAGUGAAGCCAGUUACGGUAUCUGAGUUUUUGCAGAGUAAUGUGGUCCCGAAGGGGCAGCAGAGCGGUUUAAACAAGCGUAGUAGAAGUAGUUCUGUAGGUGUAGAUUUUGAGGGUGAUUCAGAAGAGGAUCUGUUAGAAGCAAUUUGUGUUGUAAAAAUGAGAGAGAGAAAACGAACUAGGAAUUCAAGUAAGGAUAUAAAUGAGAGAAGUCUGAAGGAGGCCAGAGAGAAAAAUAUAGGUUCUGUGAAUUCUUCCUCAUCUUCUUCUUCAUCAUCAGCUUCUUCUAGCUCAUCAGUUUCAAAACGUGAUGGUUAUUGCAAUGGUGUGUCUGCAGUGAGAAAUGUGAAGAUCAAAGGACAAGAUAUCGAAAGAUGUCACCAGUGCAUGAAAAAAGAAAGAAUAGUUGUUGUCCUUUGUAGGAAAUGUAAUAGAGUGUACUGCGUACAGUGCAUCAAACAAUGGUAUCCUGAGAUGACAGAAGGGCAAUUUGCAAAACGAUGCCCAUUUUGUCGUAAAAAAUGCAAUUGCAAUGUGUGUUUGCACUCAAGCGGGUUGAUUAAGACAUCAAAAAGGGAUAUCACCAACAGUGAAAAGGUUCAGCAUCUGCAUUAUAUGAUCAAGUUGUUGCUUCCUUUUCUGGAACAAAUCUGUGAUGAACAAACUGAAGAAAUGCAGAUUGAGGCCGGCAUUCGAGGUUGCCCAUUUGAUAUAGCUGAGAACUUUUGCUACAGUGAUGAGCGUGUAUAUUGCAAUCACUGCGCCACUUCUAUCAUUGACUUUCACCGCAGCUGUCCAAAAUGUUUUUAUGAACUGUGCCUUAGUUGUUGUCGAGAGAUUCGUAAGGGAAGCCUUUCAAGACGUGCUGAAAAGAAGUUUUGGUAUGUUGAUAGAGGCUCUGGUUAUAUGCAUGGUGGAGAUCCACAACCUUGUCAUUCCCAAAAUCCUUAUGAUCACAUUGAGCCUCUAGUUCUAUCAUGGAAUGCCAAUGAAGAUGGUAGCAUUUCUUGCCCGUCAAAUGAAAUGGGUGGUUGUGGUGAUUGUGCAUUGGAGCUAAAGCAUAUCCUUCCGCCAAGACAGGUUGCGGAGUUGAAAAGGAAGGCAGCAGAAUUAUUGGAAAUUUGUGGCACUGAACAGGCAAGUUUGAUGUGCAAGUGCAAUGAAACAGGGAAAGGACUGUUAAGAAGAGCAGCGUUCAGGGAAGGAUCUGAGGACAAUUACUUGUAUUGUCCUGCUUCAAAGGAUAUUCUUGAGGAUGAAAAACUUUUUCACUUCCAAAAGCACUGGGCUAAAGGUGAGCCAGUUAUAGUUUGUGAUGUUCUUGAGGAGACAACUCAUCUGAGCUGGGAGCCGAUGGUCAUGUGGCGUGCACUAUGUGAAAAUGUGGAUUCAGAUGUUAGUUCAAAGAUGUGUGAAGUGAAGGCUAUUGAUUGUUUGGCAUGUUGCGAGGUGGAGAUUAAUACCCGACAGUUUUUUAAAGGCUAUAUGGAAGGGAGAACAUAUCAUAACUUUUGGCCUGAGAUGCUUAAGCUGAAGGACUGGCCUCCAUGUGAUAAAUUUGAAAAACAUUUGCCACGCCAUUGCGAUGAGUUUAUCAGAGCACUGCCAUUUCAAGAAUACAGUGAUCCAAAUGCUGGAAUCCUGAAUGUUGCUGCGAAGUUUCCUGAAGAAAAGCUGAAACCAGACUUGGGUCCAAAAACUUAUAUUGCAUAUGGUACAAGAGAAGAGCUUGGAAGAGGGGACUCGGUGACCAAGCUUCACUGUGAUAUGGCAGAUGCGGUGAAUAUUUUGACGCAAACUGCCGAUGUACUAUUAAGUGAAGCACAACACUCUGCCAUUGAGCAGUUGAAAAUGAAGCACAGGGAACAGGAUGAGAAGGAACAUUUAGAAAAAGACAAGGUAGACAAUCCUCACAUUGAACUUGAUCAGGGAAAUGAUAGUUUGAAAGAAGAGAUUGAUGUCUCAGAAAUUAGAGGGCUGCAGCCGCAGCCCUCUGAAAUUAAUGAAGAACUAAAGAACUCUGAAGAUGUGUUAAGAGGAGCUGCACUUUCUGGUUUACCCUCAGAAGUGGAGACAGCGGACACAGCAGGUGGUGGCGCUUUGUGGGACAUUUUCAGGAGGGAGGAUGUUCCCAAGUUAGAGGAAUAUCUUAGAAAGCACUUCAAAGAAUUCAGGCACACUUUCUGUGCCCCCGUAGAACAGGUCGAUCAUCCAAUUCAUGACCAAUGUUUCUAUUUAAAUUUGGAGCAUAAAAGGAAAUUGAAGGAGGAAUUCGGAGUUGAAGCCUGGACAUUUGAACAAAGAGUUGGAGAGGCCGUAUUUAUACCCGCUGGAUGCCCACACCAAGUUAGGAAUCUUCAGUCUUGUACUAAGGUUGCUGUAGAUUUCGUCUCUCCUGAAAAUAUAAAGGAAUGCCUCCGGUUAACUGAAGAGUUCCGACAACUUCCGAUGAAUCACAGAGCUAGAGAAGAUAAACUUGAGAUAAAGAAAAUGAUAAUUUAUGCAAUUGAUAAAGCCAUUAUAGACUUGCAAGAGCUAAUGGAAUCCCAGAGAUGAGCUUUUCUACAUGUUUCGAACAGGCAGGUUUACGACACAGAUACAGCAGCCGUCUCCAACAGGCAAGCAAACAACACAGAUACAUCGGCGUCUUGGCAACACUUUUUUUUUCCUUUUCAGAUUUCCAUGGAAACAUUGCAUGGCUGCAACUUUAGGUUAUAUCAUAUAUCCUCAAGGCAGCAUUUUGCUCAGAGUUGCCAUUUAACUUGAAGGUUUAAUUAGUGGUGCAUAUUACCUCUCUAUGGUCUUUGAUUAAAUUUAGUUGCAUAGUUGCUCCAAAUCUUACAUUGUGUUUGAAGAAAAAAACACAUGUAUUGCCUUAGGAAAAUAAUUUGAGCAUAUUGCUUGAUAUUUGAUUGA